AUGACUGUCAGCACCCCUUACACGCCAUUCAGGGGGUACUACCUAUUAGGUAGGGAAGGAAGUCCAUUGCUAACUGUUUGCCAGACUGUAUCGAACUCACUCGAGACCAGCGCCGCCACCGUCGACAACGAGUGUCAGGACAUCACCAAACAGGUCCACGCGCUCGAGUCCAACCAGUACUUCAUGGAAUGUCAGCUGGAAGUGCUGAAAGCCAGGCAGCAGGUGCUGGACAAGGAGGUAAACCUGUAUGUGGCUCAGGAGUCCGCGGAUGACAAGUCCGACUCUAUUCUACAUCAAGUCCAGAGUCAACUCAAUGAUCAACAGACAGAGAAAGAGCGUCUAAAACAACAACAAAUGGAUUUCCGGAAGAAUGAGACACAACACCGAAAACAGCUGAAGAUGUGGACCGACUUGAAGACACUGUUGGCUAUCAAACAGCGGUGUCUGACGAGGGAUAGGGAGAGGAAUGCCAUCAACGAGUACGCCAUCAACAGUAGACCCGACCAUCUGGUGCUGUGAGGGGUCAGCCAUCACCAGUUGUCACAAUCAGUUA